GUCUGUUCAUCCCGACUACCGAAUCUUAUCAAAACAUCGGCGAAAAAAAAGUACGCAGUCACAAAAGAACACCGCAACACAUUAUACCAUUCUCAAUCUACCUCUCUACUCACAAUCACCCCAUAAACCCCCAAAGAUGAGCUCCCCAGAGGAAAUUCAACUCCGCCGCGAAGAAGACUACGAACGCUUCAAAACCUACGCCGCCUACACAUUCCUCGUCGCAUCACCCGUCCUCAUUGCCCUCCCUCCCCGAAAACUAGACCACCUUACUGUCCUGCUCACGGGUGCAUUUGCCUUUUCCGCGAACCACAUCACCUACAAGCGCACGGGGCGGAGCCUCCUCGACCGAUUCCACUCGAAAAUUUCUUCCGGACGGUCAUUUAUCCCCUCUGAUUUGCCAAGUGAGCGGGCGCUGGAGAUCCAGGCGAGGGUGCGGGCGUCGAGGGAGAAGCAGUUGCGGGAGGGGGGACUUAGUGAAGAGGAGAUUGAGAAGUUGAAGGCGAGGCAGUUGCAGGAUAAGGGGGUUGCGGCGCGGGUUUGGAUGGGUGGAGAGACGGAGGGGUGGAAGGAGAGGAGGUUGCGGGAGGAGCAGGAGGCGUUAGAUUCUGGGAAAGGGUAUGGGGAUUUGAUCAAGGAGCAUAUUUGGGAUGUGUGGAAUUGGGGGAAAAAGGAUGGAGAGAGUAAGGAGUAAAAUAUCGUGAAGCGAAGUGGCAUGCACGAGGGACUUUGAGCCAAAUUCUUGGUUUGGGAUUGUGGCAGCACUUAUUGGAUAUAUGGGGUGAAAAAUUGUAUAGUAUAGAUUUUGGAUGGGCGUUUGGGUUUACUCGCUUUGCGGAGCGUGGAUUAGUGAUCUUUUGUAUAAUAUUAUGGUCUACGGUAUGAGAUGCAACGAUAU